UUACAUCUUACGCCAAACUUGAGCAGACAGCAAAAAUAGUACGAAUUCCAAAAAAGAAUCGAUAUAGCUGCAGGGUCGAUUUGAGCCACAGAAUUUCAUAUCCUGCAAACACACGGGAUAUGAAUGCAAGAAAGCUGCCAAAACUUCAAAUGAUGUUUAUAGGUUUAUUUCGACUCUAAACUGAUUAUGAAAUCAUGUUUAAAACAUGAGACAUAAGCGUACUGAAUAGGCAAUCUUAACUUGUAACAUAGAAUAUGAGUGUAAAUACACGAUCAGGUACUGUACUCUCCCGUCGGGUAGGAAGAUUCAUAUGUCUGAACGAAACAAAUUUAUUGGACACGAAAUAUACACUCUACUAGAAAGUAGGAAUAUAUAUGUUAGUUUUCAACGAUUUUAUUCGGCAAACGUUGCAUUGUUGUAACAUCGCCGCUACGCCACCGCUCAUUGAUUUACGGUCGCCUGCUCUGCGGUAUGUUAGCUGUCGGUGGCGUUCUACACGUUUGCUACCAUUGUUGAAGUGCUGAAGUUUGUAUAACAGAGCAAUAAAAUGUCUACGUUGGCUGCCAGUUUAUUCCGUAAGUUAUCUUUUAAUACAAUUUUGUGCAGAGGGACAUGGAAUCCCCGAAGGCAUGUAAAUAAGCUUGUCCCCAAUUGUCGAAAAUUUUCAACUGCCAGGGUCUUUCAUGCAGAGUUUUUUGACAAUGCCGCAGACGCGAUUAGUGACAUUGAUGAUGGGUCUAAGCUUUUGGUCGGUGGUUUUGGACUGUGUGGUAUCCCAGAGAAUCUUAUUAAUGGAUUACUGGAAACAAAAGCUAAAAAUUUGACAGUUGUCAGCAAUAAUGCAGGAGUGGAUGAUUUUGGAUUGGGUUUACUUCUUCAGAAUAGACAAAUAAAACGGAUGAUUUCAUCAUAUGUGGGAGAAAAUGCCGAAUUUGAAAGACAGUAUUUAUCUGGAGAGUUAGAAGUUGAAUUGACACCACAAGGUACAUUGGCAGAACGAAUCAGAGCCGGAGGAGCUGGUGUUCCUGCAUUUUUUACCCCUACUGGUUUUGGAACUUUAGUUCAUAUUGGCGGAGCUCCUAUAAAAUACUGUGCUGAUGGAUCGAUUGCUGUAGCGAGCCAACCAAGGGAGAGCCGAGAGUUUAAUGGAAAAGAUUAUGUCAUGGAAGAGGCAAUAACUGGUGAUUUUGCUUUAGUAAAAGCAUGGAAAGCAGAUAAAGCAGGAAACCUGAUCUUCAGAAAGACUGCUAGAAACUUCAAUCCCCCGAUGUGCAAAGCAGCUCGUACAACCAUUGUAGAAGUAGAAGAAAUCGUAGAUAUUGGCUCAAUACCACCUGAAGAUGUACAUGUUCCAGGAUUAUUUGUACACAGAGUAAUCAAAGGUGAAAAAUAUGAAAAGCGAAUUGAACGUCUCACAACUCAAGUUGAAAAAGGAAAAGGUCAAGGAAAAGCUCCCAGUGCUUCUGCACAAAUAAGGGAAAGAAUAAUUCGUAGAGCAGCAUUGGAAUUUAAAGAUGGAAUGUAUGCUAACUUGGGCAUCGGUAUGCCAAUGCUUGCUAGUAAUUAUGUCCCUGAUGGUGUCAGUAUUAAACUUCAAAGUGAAAAUGGGGUUCUGGGCUUGGGACCUUUUCCUAAAAUGGGUGAACAGGACCCAGAUUUGAUCAAUGCAGGAAAAGAGACUGUUACCGUUUUACCUGGUGCAUCUUAUUUUUCUAGCGAUGAAAGUUUUGCCAUGAUUCGAGGUGGUCAUAUUGACCUCACGGUCCUUGGUGCCAUGCAAGUUUCACAGUAUGGUGAUCUUGCAAAUUGGAUGAUUCCUGGAAAAAUGGUCAAAGGAAUGGGGGGUGCUAUGGACCUUGUUGGUAGCACGAGAACAAAAGUAGUUGUUACAAUGGAACACAAUGCUAAGAAUGGAUCUGCAAAAAUAUUGCCUGAAUGUGCAUUACCAUUGACAGGGGUCAAAUGUGUUGAUGCAAUCAUCACAGAGAAAUGUGUAUUCGAUGUUGAUAAAACUAAAGGCCUUACACUAAUUGAAAUUGCAAAUGGUCUCACUGUGAAAGAUAUUGAAGAAUGUACUGGGUGUCCUUUCGAAGUCAGUAAAAAUUUGAAUCCAAUGGGACAAGUGUAACCUACACUAACUCUUUGAAAUUGCGGUAUGAAGCUUGGUAAUAAUGUUUAUUGGAAUUUUGUAUCAGCUUGAUAAUUAGUUUUCAACAUAUUGCCUAUUAUGAGCAUAGUCGUUUAAACAAAUAAUGUUUCACACUGAAUCAUGUUCAUAUCAGCGUGUUCAUCUAUUUUCAAUUGCUAAAUAUAUUUACAAAUAUACAUUAUCACAUGGGUACCCUACAUACAGUAAAGUCAGUUAAUUGGUUACCUUUUGAAACUCUCAUACUAGUUUAGAUUUCAAUAUUUUACUCAUAUUGUAUUUACAGAAGUACUUAUAGUUAUAGUUUUCAAAAUAUGAUUCAAUAUUGCAAUAGUUUAGAAUUGAAAUUAUAAUUUGGUCAUUUUUGUUUUGAUAUUCAUAAAUUAUUUUAUCAUGUCGAAAUCUGUGAUGAAUAUGACAUUUUCAAAAGUAUGACACCAAUGACUCUUAUUUGGUAAAGGCAAAAAGUAAUCUAUUACAUUUUCAUUCGAGAUAGUAUUCUUGAUGGUAAUAUUUUUUUCAGUCACAUAGUUUCUUGUUUUGAACAAACUUUUUGAUUAAAUUUAGCACAAUAUAAUUUUUUUAUUUGCUCAGUAAUAGGCUAAAUCUAUCAUCACAUGUAAUGUUAAAAAAAAGCAAAGAUGUGUCUGACUGAUCUCAAUUAAAUUUGAUGUUACUUCUGUGUUAAUUUGCACUUCAUAAUAUCCAAUGACCUGUGAUUUAUUCAAACACAGCAGUAAGGUUUCUGUACUUUCCAAAAUGUUUCAGUUAAUGCAAUUUGUUGAAAUUUUUUAAAAUUGAUCGAGAUGCAUCCUUAUUUUGUUCAAUGAUUUUUAUUUACGUUGUUAUUGAUUGAGAACCAACAAAAUCACAUGGUAUGUUUUAAUGAUCAAUAGUGAAUUAAAUAUCCAAUUGAUGAUUAUAAUUCCUGUCAAAAAUUGUGGUUUGGAGAUUAAGAUUCAUUGAUCAACAGCACAUAUGUAUUUCUCUACACUUGGCUUGUGAUCUAAUUGAAGUAAAUUGGCAAAUGUAUUUUGAUAUUGAGAUAAAGUUAUAGCUCAUUACAUAGGAUUGCAAUUACCAGUACUGUGUGCUUCUUGUUGAUGUAGUGCCUUAAAUUUUGUGUUUUCUUGGUGUGAAGAAUCGUUAUUGAUUUAUAUUGCAUGACAAGACCCGAUUUUCGCCUUUGAAAGUAGUGUCUGGCAAAUGAUUUGUAUUAGCAAUAUUUGAAAGGGUGGAUGAGCAUGCUAUAUAGAAAGUUUAAAAUGUUUUUCUGUUUUCUGAAUAUCAUCUUUUUUAGUUUAUUUCUUCCAGGAAUGCCUUUUUUGCAAUUUUGUUUGAAAAGAAUCGCGAACGAACGUUCUUGACAGCCUUUCCUAAUUCAAAUUCAGAUUUUUGUAAAUCAUGGCAUUGUACUAUAUUUUCACUCAGUUUAUGACAGUUGUUCCCAUUUAAAUUUUGAUCAUAAUAUCAUGAUAACAUAGUAAAUUUUUUUUUUUGAAUUUUUUUUAAUCUCACGAACAUGUCAGAGGAUUCAUUAUUUCAAUUCAAUUUAUUCAAUUUUUCCCUUCUUUUAG